CACAAAUUUCGUUAGUCGAUAUUUAGACACAGUGCAGUGCAGUGCAUAAACUCACAUAAGAGCCAAUUCAAACCAAAACUUUUACAUUAUGAAAUUCACUUUAAUAUUGUUGAUUGCUGGCAUCGCGUGCAGCCUGGCCGCACCCGUCGCCGAUGAGCAGCAGCCGCAGCAACAGGAGCAGGUUGAGUCGUCGGCCAAGGCCAAGCGUGGCAUUUCUUUGGGUCUCGGCUAUCACGCGCCCCUGUUAACCCACUCGCAUUAUGUGGCAGCACCCACUAUCGUGCAUCAUGCGCCAUUGAUUUCGCAUGCACCGCUCAUCUCUCAUGCACCGCUCAUUGCGCACCCGGUCUCGUCGAUCUCCUACCAUCUGCCCACCUACCAAUCCAUUCAUCACUUCUGAGCGCCAUCAGCGACCUGAGCAUCAAGGAGCAUCAUGGCGCAACAGCUGCAGCAUCCAGUCAACACGUGCAUUUGAUUUCGUUUGCCCACAGAUAAAAUUAUCUUCUAGUAUUUCCCCACCCAAGCAGCCUUUAAUGUUCAGCCCUUUCAUUAUUUUGCUUUUGUAAAUAAAUAUGCUCAAAAAGUUUCCUUCUGCAUUUAAAACAAGCGAAAUAUCUUCAGUCAAAAGUUUUGCAAACAACAAAUCUGACAACAAAGCUUGUCAGAGUGGAAAACAGGGUCAAACAUAACUUGUUACACUCAGAGAAAACACUGAAUGAGUUCAAGUUAAACGAUUUUCUUUUAAAGUUAGCUCUCAUUAUUACUAAUAUCAUUUUAAGAA